AUGGCGUCAACAAAAACGACGUACAUCGCGUCAACAUUUCCCGAAAACCCCCUCCCGACCGCAAACUUCUCACCGCCCGCCGCCUCGUGCUCCGGCAUCUACCUCACAAACAAUGUGUACGCCAUCGACAACGACAAGAAAUGUCUGCCUGACAAGUUCAACGGCGCCAGCACGGCCUUCUACUCCCCCGGAACCGCCUGCCCGACGGGCUACACCGCCCAGCCGCAGUGCUCUCGUAACGGCGGCGUCCGCUCCAUCACCACCGUCACCUGCUGCCCCUACCGCGGCGAUAUGACGCUGUCCUGCGUCGAGGACGACAUGACGCUCGCCGGUGUCUGGGAGACGCAGUUCUGCACAUGGAUGGCCGGUCCCGCCACCGUCGUCGACAUCACGCGGACGGACGGUGGCAAAGUGGCCACGCAGGCUGUGACGAUGAAGAACCGGGACGGCGUGAACGCGUGGGGUAUCAGGAUGGUCUACCAGGCGAGCGACCUCGUGCCGCAGACGACGUCGGCGGUGACGACAACCGCGGCGACGGGCACGACAGGGAGCGGCACGACGGCCGCCGCGACAGGCACGGGCACGGGAACCACAACGGGAGCGGGUCCCACCGCCACCGGCGGCGGUGACGGGGGCUUGGGCAUUGGUGCCAUCAUCGGCAUCGCGGUCGUCGUGCCAGUCGUCGUGAUUGCGGCCCUCGUGGGCCUGUUCUUGUGGUGGAGGCGGCGGAAGCACCAGUACGCCGGCGUGAAGCCCGUCGACACGACACCGACGGCGCCCGAGAUGGACGGGCAGUCGCCGAUGAGCAGCGCAUACGCGUACCAGCACCAGCACCAGCAUCCACCGCCAGUGCAAGAGAUGACGGGGACGAGCGUCGGGGAGUACUACAACAGCAACCACAAGGUGUUGACGAACCCAGGGGCGGGAAGAGACCACACACAGUUCAAGGCGUGGACGGAACCGGCGCAUGUAGCAGAGCUGGGGACCGGGCAGGAGCCGACGGAGUUGCCCGCGGAUAAUGGCCGGAGGUAG